AUGUCGGACGGAAUCGCUCCAGCUAUAGACAAAGUCGGCGCACCUGCACCUACGGCCCCCGAAGCUGAGGCUGGCGCUCCCACCUUGGGCACAGCAGCUCCUUCAGAGCCUACCAAGUCAGAGGAGAGCAAGCCUACUGGUGGUGCCGGUGGUCUUCACGCUCCGCCAAAGCCCGUCGAGGUUGCUUCGGUUCCACAAACGCCCAUCAACAACAUGACCCCAGCAGGUGGCACUCCUCGACCUGUGCUCAACAUCGAAGAAGAGCCCAAGGAUUCGCCAAAGAACGAAGAUGAGAAUGCUUUCGUCACCACCGGCGUAGAAACAACCUCUGCGCCUACUGUCUCGGAGCCAAAUGAUGUCAACGGCACCAACGACGUCGCCGAAGCCGCUGCUGGGGAGAAGCGCAAGGCCGAAGAGCCCCCUGCCGCUACUAACGGCGCUUCUGCUCCCAUUGUAACAGAGAAGCCCGAAUCAGAAGAGCCUGUCGAGAAGAAGGCUCGCGUCGAAGAUGUCGCAGAUGAGCCGACAGCCACCGAAGAUGCUGCGCCAAACGGUAAGCAGGAGAAUGACAAGACUCUGAAGAAAGACAAGAAGGUUGUCCCUCCAGUUGGUAAGACGGCACGCAAGACGCGAAGUCAAGGCCCUGUUGAAGUCUAG